AUGGCCUCGUCGCAGCACAUUGCGAGGCUGGUUGCCUAUCGCCGCCCCGUCGUCGCCGCGCCCUCGUCCGUCCUGCGAGCUGCAAACUUCUCGUCCUCUGCACACCGGGCUGCCACGCCUUCCGGGCCUCCCCCGGCUGGCUUCAGACUGCCGCCGCCAAAGAGAUGGGAUCAGUCUGACGAGUCGUCGCUGGAUAAGGCCAGCAAAUAUUUUUUGAUGUCGGAGCUGUUCCGCGGCAUGUACGUCGUGCUGGAGCAGUUCUUCCGCCCACCCUACACCAUCUUCUACCCCUUCGAAAAGGGUCCAAUCUCCCCCCGUUUCCGUGGCGAACACGCUUUGCGUCGAUACCCCUCCGGCGAAGAACGCUGCAUUGCCUGCAAGCUGUGCGAAGCCAUCUGUCCUGCCCAGGCCAUCACAAUUGAGGCCGAAGAACGCGAAGACGGAAGCCGCCGAACAACCAGAUAUGACAUCGAUAUGACCAAGUGCAUCUACUGCGGAUACUGCCAGGAGAGCUGCCCAGUCGAUGCCAUUGUGGAAUCACCCAAUGCCGAAUAUGCCACUGAAACCCGAGAGGAAUUGCUGUAUAACAAAGAAAAGCUCCUGGCCAACGGCGACAAAUGGGAACCUGAGCUUGCCGCUGUCAUUCGCGCUGAUGCUCCUUACCGAUAG